GUAUGCUGCGAUUGGGUGGUUCUCUCCGGUCGGUUCGCUGUUUCGCCACAGCUACAGCUGCAGCGGUCAAGAAGCCGACUACAACAGGGCCAAAUAUUGUCCUUGUCGAUGCUGUCAGGACUCCAUUUGCUGUAUCUGGCACAGUAUUCAAGGACCUCUGGGCAGUUGACCUACAAAAGAGAGGCCUUGAAAGCUUUGAUAGCUCGCACUCAUAUUCCUUACAAGGACAUCGACCACAUAAUUUGUGGCACUGUGAUUCAAGAGUGCAAGACAAGCAAUGUCGCCAGAGAAGCUGCGCUGCAGGCUGGAAUACCCGACAAGAUUCCUGCCCAUACUGUCACAUUGGCUUGCAUCUCCUCCAACGUAGCGAUGACGACCGGCAUGGGAAUGCUUGCUACUGGCAAUGCGAAAGCAGUCAUUGCUGGUGGAGCGGAUAUUGUGCGGAACAUGUUUGCACCCGAAUUACCAGCUGUGGCUGAAUUUUCCACUGGCGAAACGAUGGGACACAGCGGUGAUCGGCUUGCGGCUGCCUUCAAUGUUUCAAGGAAAGAGCAGGAUGAGUUCGCCCUCCGAUCGCACAAGCUAGCGAAGGCGGCAGCAGAUGCAGGAAAAUUGAAAGAUAUUAUCCCUGUGUUUUUGGAUGGAAAGAAGCCGCAAACAGUGAAAGCUGAUAAUGGUGUUCGUGUAUCUACUCCUGAAAAGAUGGCAACACUGAAGCCUGCGUUCGUGAAGCCUCAUGGAACCGUUACUGCUGGUCUGUCACAGUACUUUCUAAUUCCUUGUAAAACUGUAAAACUGGCAUUCGCCGUG